AUGAAGAGACACACGGAGUGGAUGAAGAGACACACGAAGUGGAUGAAGAAACACCCCAAGUGGAUGGAGACAUACGAAGUUGACGAAGAGACACAUGGAGUGAAUGUAGAGACACACACGGAGUGGAUGAAGAGACACAUGGAGUGGAUGAAGAGACACGGGGAGUCAAUGAAGAGACACACGGAGUGGAUGAAGAGACACGGGGAGUCGAUGAAGAGACACACGGAGUGGAUGAAGAGACACGGGGAGUCGAUGAAAAGACACAAGGAGUGGAUGAAGAGAGAAGGGGAGUCGAUGAAGAGACACACGGAGUGGAUGAAGAGACACACGGAGUGGAUGAAGAGACACGGGGAGUCAAUGAAGAGACACACGGAGUGGAUGAAGAGACACGGGGAGUCGAUGAAGAGACACACGGAGUGGAUGAAGAGACACACGGAGUGGGAGAAGAGACACACCGAGUGGAUGAAGAGACACACGGAGUCGAUGAAAAGACACAAGGAGUGGAUGAAGAGACAAGGGGAGUCGAUGAAGAGACACACGGAGUGGAUGAAGAGACACACGGAGUGGAUGAAGAGACACGGGGAGUCAAUGAAGAGACACACGGAGUGGAUGAAGAGACACGGGGAGUCGAUGAAGAGACACACGGAGUGGAUGAAGAGACACACGGAGUGGGAGUAG